ACAAACAAUCAUUUUCGAUUUUUUGAAACAUUGAUUUCGUUAUAGCAAGAUUCAUUUGAUUGCAACGUAAAUGACAAUGUCGUUUUCAACUUUGAGGUAUGCUGCUGUUUUCAUUCCCAAUUUUCAACUUCAAAACCCUAAUCAACUCAUUCGACGAUGCUUCCUGUCGUCAAAUCCAACUCAGUUCCAUGAAGAAUACGAACACAAUCUCGUUUCCUCAUUCACUCGCUUGCUCCAUCACAAUCCCACUCCGCCUAUCAUCCAAUUCAAUAAGAUCUUAGGCUCCCUUGUUAAGGCCAACCAUUACUCCACUGCUAUUUUACUUCAUCGACAAUUGGAAUUAACAGGAAUGGCUUCAAGCUUAGUCACCCUGAACAUCUUGGUAAAUUGCUUUUGUCAAUUGGGUCUUAACUCUCUUUCUUUUUCUGUAUUUGCCAACAUUCUUAAGAAGGGUUUUCAUCCGGAUGCCAUAACUUUCAAUACAAUCAUCAAGGGUCUCUGUCUCAAAGGUCAAAUCCAUCAAGCAUUGCACUUUCAUGACAAGCUCGUUGCCCUUGGAUUUCAUCUUAACCAAGUUAGUUAUGGGACACUUGUCAACGGAUUAUGUAAAGUUGGAGAAACAAGAGCAGCCCUACAGUUGCUCAGACGAGUUGAUGGAAAAUUGGUUCAACCUGAUGUGGUAAUGUACAGCACAAUUAUUGAUAGUAUGUGUAAAGACAAACUUGUUAAUGAAGCUUUUCAUUUAUAUUUUGAAAUGCUUGCUAAGAGAAUUUCUCCCGAUGUUGUCACUUACACUACUUUAAUUAGUGGCUUUUGCAUUGUUGGUAAAUUGAAAGAGGCAAUUGCAUUGUUUAAUAACAUGAUUUUGGAAAACAUCAACCCCGAUGUCUAUACCUUUAAUAUACUGGUUGAUGCAUUUUGUAAGGAAGGAAAAGUGAAAGAAGCCAAAAAUGUGUUUGCUGUGAUGAUGAAAAAAGACAUCAAACCUGACAUUGUUACUUAUAACUCUUUAAUGGAUGGAUAUUGCCUAGUGAAAAAAGUGAAUAGGGCAAAGGAUAUAUUCAACACUAUGUCCCAACUAGGAGUGAGUGCGGAUGUCUGGAGCUACAAUGUCAUGAUCAAUGGACUGUGUAAGAUUCAAAUGGUUGAUGAAGCUAUGAAUCUAUUUGAACAAAUGCAUUGUAGAAACAUUAUUCCUGAUAAGGUAACUUAUAGUUCCCUUAUUGAUGGUUUGAGCAAACAAGGGAGAAUCUCAUAUGCUUUAAAGCUUAUCGAUGAGAUGCAUGAUAUAGGUCAACCUCCUGAUAUAAUUACUUACAAUUCAUUAUUGGAUGCUUUAUGCAAAAAGCAUCAUGUUGAAGAGGCAAUUGCAUUGUUAAGAAAAUUUAAAGACCAGGGUAUUCAACCGGAUUUGUAUACAUAUAAUAUUCUUAUUAAUGGACUGUGCCAAAGUGGAAGGCUUAAGAAUGCACAAGAGGUUUUUCAAAAUCUUUUAAUCAAAGGCUACAAUCCAAAUGUCUAUACUUAUACCGUUAUGAUCCAAGGGUUGUGUGGCAAGGGUUUGUUUGAUGAAGCGUUCGUGUUGCUGUCAAAAAUGAAAGACAAUGGCUGUGUUCCAAAUGCUGUAACUUAUGAAAUAAUCGUCCGUUCUCUGUUUGAUAAAGGUGAAAAUGAUAAGGCAGAGAAACUUCUUCGUGAAAUGAUUGCGAGAGGUCUUCUGGAAGAUUGAAAUUAGAUUGAUUGCAUUUCAGAGGCUUGUUUUUUUUAGAAGUACUUACAUUUAUAAUCAAGGACACAAGUAUGGUGGGCAUUGGAGCGGCUAGAGUUGAUUAUUUGGAUGACUUUGUUGUGGAUAAAAGUAAGAACCAAAAGUACUAUUGUUGUGAAUAGAUAAGGGAUGAUAUGGUAGGUAUUCAAGUAUGAUUUAUGUAUAGAUAAAGGAUGAUAUAAUUGUGGCUCAAAUUUUCAAAAAAGAAACAUGUGAGCUAAAGUCAAAAUGUGUGGUGCUGCUGACCAAUGAUAUGAAUUAUGUUUCUGCUGUAUAAUGGGUUUUUUUGCAUUCUUUGAGUGUGUUACACAACUGAAAUUGAUGUAUUAAAAGAGCUUUACAUAGUGAAUAGAGAUUAGUGCAGUUAGUCAUUACUUGAGUAUUCAAUUUGAAUUAAUCCAACUAAUAGGAUUCUUCAAAUUGGCAUGAAAUUUAUGUGAUGUCAUUUGCUGCACUCCUUUAGGAUAUGUAUUGCCACAUUCCUAGUAAGGUAUAGAACAUUUAUUGAGUAAAGGGAUCUAAAAUUUAAGUGAAACCAAAAAUUUGUGCAACUAUCAUAAGUUGAAGAACCUAGGUCCUUGGAUGGGUGAUAAUAGUGGUAGUGGAUCCAUGCAAUAUACUCGACAACAUUUUUAUUAAGACUUCCAAAUUACAGUUAUCAACUAUUCUAAGAACUCCAUGAGAAUUAAGUUUAAAUGAUAUCCUACCUCAAUGACGAUUCUGAAUGUUGAAAUCAGUUCCUAGAUGCAAGUGAUAUAUAGUUUGAAACGAGGUCUGCCAAAGCCCUCUCAGAGAAACUUGUUAAAAUCAGUUCCUUGACGACUAGAUGCAUGUAAGUUAUGUGUUAUCAUUUACUGCAUUCCCUCAGGAUUUUGUUAAGUAAAUUGCACAAUAUGCUUAAUUUCCACUAUUCUACUUGCUUCCAAAUUUAAGAGGAAUCUUGCCACCUAUAAAAUUGAGGUUGAUUUCCACUAUUCUACUUGGUGUGCGUUCUGAGCUUCUAUAAAUUACAACAAGUUUCAUAUACUCAAUUAAGUUCCAUGCACUAUGUAUGAGGCUUGUGUCUAAAUUAAAUCCUAAAAAUGGCUUACACAAAUUAGUAACAUAAAAGAGAGUAAAUGAAGCCUAAAUGUAAAUUAACUAAUGAUUCUUUAAAUGUAAGUUUAUAGUCUGUAUUGCCACAUUGCGAGUAAGGCGUGUAACCUACAUUGAGUAAAGGAAACCAAAAUUGAAGUAAAACUACAAUUUUGUGCAACCAUCAUAAGUUGAAAAAACCUGGAUCCUUGGAUGGAAGAUAGUAGUGCUAGUAGUGAUAUUGAUUCUACUCCAGAUUAUAGUAUUGUUUUGAAAUGCCCAAGAGUCUCUAUAUCUAGUUUUGUUUAUUAUUUUGGAGGAUACCCUGCACUAUAUUUUUUGUGUAUACACUAACGAUCUAGUGGUACAAUGCCUGGUUACGGUACUGAGUUACAAGUACGGGUGCAAGAGCCGUCAGUUUAAAAAAAUUAAGGUGCUUUUUGUAUAAUAUAACAAGAGAGCUAAAAUAUUCACUUCACAAUAAAAGAAACUCAAAUACACUAAAUAUUAUAUUAUUAUGGUAAUAUAUGAGAAAGCCACAAAUUUCCGUCACAACGAAAUAAUGAGAAAAAACCGGAGUAUCAGACAAGUACCGGUACCAGAUAUUUUCUCGGUACAAGUACUUCACUGUUUAGCAAUUACCCAAGCUUCAUUAUUGUACAUGUGCUUGAGGUGAGUUGUGAUUUUCUACUUUGUGUAGAGUUGCAUCAUUACUUAUCUUUGUCUUUUAUACAAAAUUGGAGAAUCAGAGCAUUUUUUGUUGAAGGACAGAAGGGGACUAUACAGAUCUACACCACACAACUGAACAAGAGAACUAGCAUUCAGCAUGAAAGUAUUUCUUUUUUGUAAGCAUAAUACUGAUUAGUAUUAAAUAUUCUGCCUUGAUCAUUGUCAUUAUUAAACCAUAUUAGUUUUUGGCAAUAGUUUGGAGUUUCAUUUAUUACUUCACUGUAUGUUUUCCUAAGAAAUUUAUUAUAGAUUCAAUUUUCUUAAUAAACUUAUGUGUGUAAGUUUUAGUGAAUAAAAAUUUGAAUAUAGUCUGCACUAAUUGAAAUAGUAAACGGAAUUGGAUCCAUAUCCAAUUGUAAACCUACACCUGUUGAUCAAUCUCAUCAAUAUCACAAUCAGUUCAUUUUCUCCUGUUUUUUGGAGUUUGCUUGGAACAUAUGUUGCUUAACUGAAGCCUUCUUUUGUUGCAACAUAUAAUCAUAAUAUAGGGAAAUGUAUGUCAAGCCGUCAACUUUAUAUAUCUUGUAGAAAUGAAUAAGAGCAUCUAUCACUUGCAGAUGAAUCCUGUGAAGUAUGAAUGUAUGAUAAGGGAUAAACCAAAUAGCUCAAUAUUCAAAUAGGAUGGUUCAAAUUUACUCAGCAGUAGACUUUUUUCUAUUUAUUCUAAGAUAACUUCAUUUAACUUAUUACAUAAUGAUUCAAUCUUCAAACUUUCUCAGGAGGUUCAAAUUCAUCCUGCAAAGAAUGGAAGAGGCUCCGAUGAAAACAUGACAUUUGUGCUAAUUACAUACAAGUGGAAAUGACAAUAUGAAUUCCUCCUGUUACUUUAUUUAAGCUCCUUCUCUGAAUUUUUUCUUUAUAAAUUUAUUACAAUAGCCUCGCUUUUCUGCAAGUUUUAAUGAAUAAAUGAUUUUUUUUUACAGUAGAACAUUAUGGCGGCAGUUGAUCCAUAUAGUCGACCCUACUUAGUGGGAUAAGGCUUGGUUGUUGGUGGUUGGUAGCACUGAUUUUGAAUAAGUAAGAUCCUUAUACGAUUCUAAACCUGCUGCAUCAGUGGACAUUGUCAUCAAUCUCAUAAAUAUCUGCAAUUAGUUCAUUUCUCUCUUUC